UUCCUCCUUGAAGAAUAUCAGGUUUUAUUGGUAUGCAACCCUCUUGCUGUGAUUAUUACAGCUAAAUAAAACCCCUCACACUGUAACUUCUUACACUGUACCAGGGUUUAUUUUAUUUUGCAGGAAGGUGUGCAGUAUCUGUACAAAUCUACAUCACUUUAGCAUGCACUUACUCUCUCAGGCUCUUAUUUCCUAAGUGGUUUGUUUUUCUGCCCAGGAUUUGCUCUGGACUGGCUGUGUUUGGCCCUGGCUUUGUUUGGCCCCUUGUGCUGGUGAUGGCUCUGCCCUUCCAGGCUUUAAAGCAGGGAUGGUCCAUGCCUGUCCCCGGCCCCAUCCAGAGCUGGGUGAGCUCUGGGUGCUUUCUGGGGAAGGCAGGACGGUGCUGGGGAGCAAGUGCUCCUUGCACUUCCACCUUGCUGGUGGAUGCUCUCUGGUGACACCACAGCCAUCCAAAUUCAGCCCUGCUGUCACAUCCUACUCCCUGUCCAGUUGCUCAGCCAUGACAUCCAUCACGUGCAGCCUAAGCAAUCCUUCUUAUAUUUUCUUUGGAAAAUCCAUUUCUUGGUGGAUUGCAUCCUACCCUGCCGGGCCUGAAAUGGUGGUGCGGGCGUUUUGUUUCAUUUCAAACCUAACUUUAUACAGCUAUUCCCAAAGCAGCGUCAGGGUUUCACUCAGCUGCAUUUGAACCUCCGAAGCCCCCAGCACUGCCUGACACAUUCACAGGCAGGGUUCUUUGGCCUGACACCCUCCAGGCUGGAGGGACACCCGGAGCACCCCAAGGGAUGAAGGCAGUCGGGGUGACGAGGGUGGCUGCAUCCUGGCGCACGCCCCGCGAGGAAGCCGUGGGCGGUGUGAGGUGACUUAUGAGGCCGAGCAGCCUCCCGGCACCGAGACUUCCCCCUGCAGCCUGUCAGAGAGGGUUCUGGCAGCCUGUGACAGCAGCCAGGCCCCCAUGGCCUGGCACUGAGCCCCCUGCCUCCUCCCGGCCUCAGGGGUGGCCUCGGUGCUGCUGGACCAGGGAAACGACAGGUACCAGGGCAGGGAAAUGGGGCAGGCUGGGCUUGAGCUCGGGGCUUGUGGUGCUGGCAGCAGGCAGGAAGGAGAGGGACGCAGUGCAGGGUGCUGUGACUCCUCAGGCUCCGCUGCCAUAACCAUUCUGCCCUCUUCUCCCAGCCCAGGAGCUACAGGAAGAUGAUGUGCCUGCUUGCCUCCCCACUGGCGCUGGCGUCGAGGACGUGGCUGGGGCUCGGGCUCUUCGUGCUGCUCUGCCUUGGGAUGGGCCAAGCACUGGAGAAGAAAAUAGUCAGAAGCAAAGUGGGGGAAAAGGUCAGCCUGCCUUGUUGCCAUGAAAUUCCCAGCUCAGAAAGCCUACACAAGUACCGGGUCUACUGGCAGAAGAACAUUACGGACGUGGUGCUGGCCUACUCAGAGGGGAAUAUGAUCUCCAAGCACGAGCGGUACCGGAACCGGAUAGAGAUGGACCCCUGGAACCUCACCCUGUGGAUCUCCCUCGUGGAAAUCCUGGACAAUGGCUCUUACCAGUGUGUGGUUCAGCGCAACUCCGUUGUUGUGUGUGACGAGUCUGUCAUCCUCUUUGUGACAGCUGACUUCAGCAAGCCCAACAUAACGGCAGAAGUGUCCGCUGAUUCUUGCGAGCUGACUGAGAUGGUGAUAACAUGUUCUUCUCACGGAGGUUUCCCCAAGCCCAAAAUCUCUGGAGCCCUCAACAACGUGUCCAUGGAGUGGAAUGCCAGCUGGGUGUCCGAGUCCAGCCUCAGCCCAUACAAUGUCACUGGAAAACUGCUGCUCAACGUGACCAAAGACGUCAACAUCACUUGCUCCGUUGAAUACAGUGGCUUUGCCAAGUCCACCAGUUUGCUUCUGAAAAAAACAAACGAUUGUGUUGUUCCUCCUGCGCCUCCACCUUAUAAUGUCAUUACUGCUUCAAUUAUCAUCGUUAUCACCUUCCUCCUGGCUAUCACCCUGGCAGCAAGAUACCUCCCAAGGCAUGUUUGUUCUCACUGUUGUAAGCACCAGGAUUCGGUGGAUGAGGGCAUGAAAGAAUAUACAAAGGCACCCACAAGCUCUAAAGGGACAGCUGAAACAUCAUCUGUAUGACCAGAUCACAUUUGCAGGUAGUUUCUUUCACUCUUCUCUUGGCAAAACUGUUUCUCAAAUAGUAUUAAAUGCUUGUGCAAUGUUAGCUCAAAACACCCCGUGUCAUCCAGCUGUCAGGAUCUGCAGGGACAUCCCCUGCCAUUGCCCCUGUACUCAUUUUAUGGGCUUCCCAAAUAAACACUGGGCAGUCUUUCAGUGCCUGUCCUGUUGGGCUCAUUUGUGAGUUACUCAUCCCUACCUCAGGUGCCACAUGUGGCUUCACCCUGCAGAGGUUCUGGCUGAUUCCCUGAGAGCCAUGUGCCUGAUUUGAUGCCUUAGCAUCACUGAUGAUAGAAAUUGAGGAUUGAGCAAAUGGUGGUAAGGGAGGGAGGAAGAAAAGAACAACUCCAGCUUUCCCAGAAUGAUCAGACACGCCACUCCAAUUCUGAGAUGUGUCCAUUCCCUUCAGCAGCUGGAGGAAAGGAGAAGGAAAAGUUUCCUCCCUCAAACUUUCCCAGAAAACAUUCAUAUUUUAAAAUGAGUUACUUUCGAUAAUGGGAUGCUACAAAAGAUGGGCUGGGGAAAUCUGGUUUGCCAAGGUUUUAUGAUUACAAAGGAUUAUAUUUGCUUUGGCUUGAAAGCUCAGCAGUUUUCAGGGCUGUGUCCUCCAAAAAGACACUUAAGUGAAGAGACUUAAGGGAAGAUUAGCAGCUAACUGUUUUUAUUCACAUCAUUAUCCAGGUGACUGCAUCUCCUGCUCUCACCGCAGCAUGCGGAAUUGCCAGGAUAAUGCCUGAGGAAUUGCCAGGGUAAUGCCCUAGAGCAACAGCUGUGGGGUCCUGGAAGUCUUUGUCAAACUGUGCACUGCAGAAUCUAGAAGUUUAAUAGUUUUGAGAUGGAAAGGAGGGGAAACUCUCAUUUGGGCCACUUGUCUCAUUUCCAAACCUGACCACCCACUGAUGUUUUCCUCUGGGGAAGGCCCUGUCUGGAACAGAUACUAGAGCCUUGGUUAGCAAGAAUUUUGGGGAGUUUUGUGAUGGGAGUGGCAGGAGUUCACCUACAGAAUAAACCCAUUUUUUUAAAAUUAUAAAAGUUUGCCAAGAUUUUCCUGUAGCUGGUGUAGCUGGAAGCUCGUGCUUCUCGACUCCAUUGCCUAGGACAGCUGCUCUCUGUGGACUGGGAUGGAAGCUGUGCUUCCUUAGUGCCUGACUGCCAUCUCGUGAUGCACCGAGCCAUGUCCUGCUGCUGCUUAAAUAGGGAAUCACGUUCAUUAAGUCAUCCUCCCUCCGUUCCCGAGGGUUUUGCAGGAAGCGCUGGGCCAGGCUGCAGCUGGCUGCACUGCCCGCUCCGAACAGCUCCGAAUUUAGGGAGCAGGAGCCCUCUUGUGGAGGGCUCCCGCAGCUGAUACCUGUUCCUCGGCUCUGCAGCGUUACUGGGGAACAUUUAAGGUGUGCAAAACAAAAAACAAACCCCAGUGAAAUCUUUUCCUCAGGUUCUUCACGCUGUGCAUCCCGCACUGCAGACUCCACACUGUACAGCGAUGCUUGCUGCUCGGACCCUUUGGCUCUCUGCGAGGGGGUGGCAGCAGCAGCAAACUGCUCACCACGGCUGACAGCACAACCUCCUGCGAAGGAAUGCAAACCCUGCCUGUGCCGUGCCUUCCUUGCAUCCAGGUCGCUGGGAUUCCAGCUGAGAGGACCCUCCGUGUUCCUGCCGCGGGACAGGAGGAUGUCAUCGGCGGCACACCAGGUCGAGACUUCAGGAACCUCUGGCUCGACGCUGCCUCUGUGAGAAUCAGGGGCCUGCAGAGCCCAGCAGGGAGCCCGUGCCCACCUACCCCUUCAGUAACACGGAGCUGCCCUUUGGGAGACCCCAAACCCUGACCUGCAAUCUCUUCAGUUUGUGCCUCCAUGUUGCAAGUGGGAGAAGCUAAAACUUCUUUUAUAUUCAGCCUCACACAGGUAUCUGUUCUCCCUUCUGGAAGAUUGUGGAUUUGGACUCGACCAUUACAGGUACACAUCCCUUCUCCACUAAAGAGGCAAUAGUGGACACAUUGUUUCAUGAGAAAAAGACACUUUGGAAGUGAGUCUAUGCGCCUCAUGCUUCUUUGCAGCGCUACAAGACUUUCUAGGGAAUGUUACACACGCUGGCAGCACUCCUAAGAGCUCAUUAAUAUUGCUUAUCCACUGCAGUGGCAAAAGUUCUCAUAACCUUUCUCUCCUGAAAGGACAGCCUUGCCACCCCAAGCACUGAGGCACAGCUCCUCCAUUCAGUUGCUGUGUGAGCACACACAUGGCCGAGUUUUCACCUGCAUUCCUUCCCACCCACACCUGUAAAGCCCCAUUGGAACUUGUGUGGCAGCCAGUGGUGAUCUCGUGUGUAGCUACUGUGGUCAAAAGUAACUCGGGGCCUUGCUUUAGAAACAUGGGUCUGCCUCUGUGUGUACAUCUGCCAUGGGACACUUGAUAGGGAAAGCUCUGCAGAUUUUUGGGUGUUUCUCACAGCAACGUAAGGUUGCAAACAGUUACUUUGCACUGAACGUUGCUUUCUGCCGGUGUUCUCUCUACCCAGCCAGGACUAGAAGGAAUUUCCCUACAGGAUGCUAACAUUGGACAGGACUCAUCGGAUCCGGGUGACAUUCUUGCCUACUGUGUAGGAAAAAAAGGUUUCUCAUUUUGAGGGGAAAGGAGGAAAAUGCCCCAACCCCCAAUAAGCUUCCUAAGCAACUCUGCCUACUAACCUAACUCUGCCCUGAGUUUGACUGGAAUGUUUUUCUCUUUUGCUCUGCAAGCUGUACCCAUUUCCUCACUGUUCCAUCCACAUUAUCAGGGCAAACCAAAGUCUGAAGGCACAAUGCCAUCCUCUUUGUGGGAUGUGUUGUCACUUGAGCUGCUUAUCUUCCUAGAACACAGCAAAGACACAGUCCAUCCAUUUCAUUUUUUCUACUCGGUACAUAUUGAGAAACUGCUGGAAAAAAAUAGGAUUAAAAGUGGUUUAGACGAUACUGAGCACUGAGAUUAAGUAAAAAAUAGACAAUGCUCCCUUUCUACUCCUGCAGAGUCAUGCUGUGCCAUCACCUUUUUACUGCUUUCCCACUGUACCAAGUGUAAUGGGAACUUCAGAACAUUCUUACAGAGGAGUUUUUGACAGAGGAGAGGUAAACUGGGGAAUAAGAAAACAAUUGCACUUGUGUGUUCUGGUUGCAAACAGAACACAAGUGACAGAAAUCAGGCUGUCUCUAAAAGGCAGGACUUGGUGCAUGAGUGACAUGUCUCACACUUUUCAGGUUUCCUGUUCUUUCAGCUUGUUCCAGCACAAACCACCAGCUCCUUGCAGGCUGACCACUGUCUCUUGGCAAAACUUCCAGUUUUACUGAUUUCCAGCACUGUUCUUCCCCACAACCACACUGCAAUUGCACCUUGCCAGCCACACCACAGCUCUGCCAGUUGUACCAGCAUGUUUUCCCUCUCACUAUCCCAUGCUCUCUCUUCUUCUGCUCCUGGCUGGUGACUGUGCAGGCUCCCAGAGAAGGGCUUGUCUUUUGCAGUGUGCCAAACCUCUCUACAUCACCACAGUUUCCAGUAACGCUUUCAGUAACUCCUUCUAAAAGAAACAAAAAGUCCCUGACAAAUAUGGCCAGCAUCAGGUUAUUUUUAUAUGCUUGAUGGGCAGGUUAUUUGGUUCAUUUUUCAUUAAGCAAUAAUACUCUGGAUCACAUUUUCUAUUGCCUUAUGCUGUAUUCAGUGAAUUGCAUACAAAUGGUUUCUGUGAGACCUUCUCAGCUUCGUAUCUGUGUCAUUGUAGCAAGUGAGCUGCUGUUUACCAUGGGUGUUUUGUAUAUAAUGUUGUUUCCUGGGGUUCCUCCUUUCAUUGUAUUAAAAAAUAAAUGGUAAACUCAGUUUCCUUUCCUCAGUAAUAAAAGAUGUCUGUCUAUGCACUGA